UCGUCUUCACGCUCAUCAACGAUCUUCGUGACUCUGCGUCAUCGGUAACCAGGAAAGCAGGAAGUGUCCGUGUGGUCGCCAAAAAUGGACUUAAAUGACACCGAAGGAAAUGGAAACGAAUGGUGUGUUUUUUGCUCAAUUGCCAAGGGCCAAGACGACGAGGCGGACGUUUUAAAAAAGACCAAGGAUCUGGUGUGUUUCCGGGACAUUUGUCCUGUUGCUCCUCAUCAUUACCUGGUUGUUCCCAUUCAGCACAUAGAAAGUUGCUUCUCGCUGAACAAUGGACACAUCGACCUCGUUGAACGCAUGGCUGAAAUGGCGAGAGCAGUACUCCUUGACAGCGGUGUCACGGAUAUGAAGGAUAUCAGGCUGGGAUUCCACCAACCUCCUUACAUCUCAGUGAGACACCUCCACCUCCAUGUUCUGGCCCCGGCUAGUAGGAUAUCAGCAGACAUGUUGUAUAAAUUCAUACCUGGAACGCCGUCCUUUGUUAGUGAAAAACAGCUAAGGAAGUGCCUAAAAGUGAAAUAGUUGCCCCCCAUGGAUUCAGUACCCCUCUUUGCAACUUGCUGCUUGACUUCCUCACAGACAGACCCCAGUCUGUGAAAGUGGGCAACAACACCUCCAGUGCCAUCUCCCUGAGCACCGGCUGCAUCCUGAGUCCGCUGCUGUUCACAUUGAUGACCCAUGACUGCUGCGCCAGGUCCACCACUAACCAGAUUGUGAAGUAUGCGUACUACACGACAGUAGUGGGCCUCAUCCGUGACAAUAACGACAUGGACUACAGGGAGGUGAAACAUCUGGUUGACUGGUGCAGAACCAACAACCUGGUCCUGAACGUCGACAAGACCAAGGAGAUCGUCUACUUCAGGAGGCAGACCAGCCACACUCCACUAUUUGUCAACGGCACAGCAGUGGAGAUGGUGAGAAGCACCCAGUUCCUGGGGGUGCAGAUAACUGACAAUAUCACCUGGUCCCUACAGACCGGUGCUCUAGUAAAAAAAGAGCUCAGCAGCGCAUGCACUUUUUGCGUCGGAUGAAAAGAGCACAGCUCCCUCCCCCCAUUCUCAGCACAUUCUACACAGGCGCUAUAGAGAGCCUACUGACCAACUGCAUCUCUGUCUGGACUGGAGCCUGCAGUGCCUCAGCUUGGAAGUCUCUGCGGAGAGUGGUGAGGACGGCGGAGAAGAUCAUCAGGACUCUUCUUCCUCCUAUCCAGGAAAUGGCAAAAAGCCGCUGCCUGACCAGGGCUCAGAAAAUCUGUAGAGACUCCACCCAACCCCACCAAGGGCUGUUUUCACUGCUGGACUCUAGAAAGAGGUUCCGCGGCCUCCGUAGCAGAACCUUCUGGUUGUGUAACAGCUUCUUCCCUCAGGCCAUAAGACUCUUGAACGCAUCAUAAUAAUCCCCUCAAUUAAAGUCAAAGUAAAGUACCAAUGAUUGUCACACACAUACUAGAUGUGGCAAAAAUAUUCUCUGCAUUUGACCCAUCACCCUUAAUCACCCCCUGGGAGGUGAGGGGAACAGUGGGUACUAGCAGUGCCGUGCCCGGGAAUCUUUUUUUUUUUUGGUGAUUUAACCCCCAAUUCCAACCCUUAAUGCUGAGUGCCAAACAGGGGUCCCAUUGUUAUAGUCUUUGGUAUGACUCGGACGAACACUCUAACGACUAGGCCAUUGAGUAGGAUUAACCCACUGGAUUACAAAGACAAUAUAACAUACAUCCAUAAACGUGGAUGCAUAUGCAAAAGUGCAAUAUAUUUAUCUGUGCAGUAAUCUAUUUGUAUCUGCACCUUGUUGCUCUUUUAUCCUGCACUACAACGAGCUAAUGCAAAAAAAAAUUCUUAUCUGUACUGUAAAGUUCAAAUUGGAAUGACAAUAAAAGGAAGUGUAAAUCUAAUUAAUAAAUAUAUUCUGGUCAAGAUUA